AUGGACGAGUUAAGCGGAUUAAAGACCACUCCUUUCCACGAGAACUUUUCACUGGCCACGCAUGUCCUAGCUGUGUCUAUGGCCUUUCUCAAGGGCCUCGACAUAGAAAACAAAAAGCUACUUAGGAGCUUCAAUAGCCAAGCCCUUGAUCUAGUUGGUUACAAGGAAAACUUAGAUGGGCUUAGUGGAGAGGUGGACAAGCUUCGGAAGAAGACUUCAUCUCAGGACGCCAAGGGCGCAAAAAAGGAGAAACUUGCCAAAGAAUCUAUGCACAAUUUCCUAGAUGACAUUGACAAUUUCCAAGAGCAAACUCUAAAGAUAUUUCUUGACAUGGGGUUUGAUUCAUUCAUGCUUGUCUUUCCUAAUGCCGAACAGAAUGAGAAGGAUAUCGCUAUCUAUGUUGAAGGGGGUUUUGAGAUUUCUACAAAAGGAAAUUUCAAAAAAGUUCUUGCAAAGAAAGAUCCAGAGACAAAGGACUUCCCUCUGGCACCGAUAGAGAAUAACCCUCCAGAGCCACCUUCAGAUGCCCCUACCCUAGGUUUAGUGCCCAUAGUAUUGACCUUAAGUCAACAAGAGCUUCAAAUUGAGCCUUCUAAUAGGUUAAGAAAGUGGAAGAGAAAACACAUGGAAGGCACAUCUAUGGCUAAUCCUUCAUUGUCUCCAAACAGGAAAAAAGUCUCACAUGACUUGUUUGACCUAUCUUGCAGUGCAACCUUAACCCUAAGUCGCAUGACUGACAGUUGGGCUUAA